GUAGCCAGUCCUCUGACAUCGAGAGUUUGGCUUGGGCUCAGUUCGUAGCGCUGGCUCUGUAUGGAGUCGAGUGUGGCAGUGGACUCUUCCUACGUCGUCCGUAGAGGUAAAAGUUCGGUCAUGUUGAACCGAGUAUAGAGAAUUGUCUUCGAGUCUGCAUCGUCAUAAGAAGAAUUCGGAGAUGGUUUAAUUUGGAUUCAUAAUUGUUGGGAGAUGGAACGACGGAUUUCGCUGACUGGAAUGAGCACCCACUUUUCAAAUUAGACUUUUGUCGGAUCUCGAGUGACUACAAAGAUUAACUGCUAUAAAAAAUCAUACCGUGGCACUGGAGAGUGGAGUAGAGAAGAAGGAAGGUAUAUGACAUCUUUGCGUCGUGCAUGGCCCUGUGCUUCCCCGCAAUCCAUCGCCCGCUGUGAUGUCUGUAUCGGUCACAAUUGCUGGUUCUAGCUCGUAGGAGACUGCUGGAAGGAUGCAGAAUAAUGGAUCGUGGUUUGGAAUAAGCGAAUUAGGUCUUUGAAAGUGAGCCACAGGAAUUGAACCUGUGACCUUCGACUAAAUUGCCUUCUUGGUGGAAACGAGUUUCUCAGAUCUCGUAUAUACUUUGCAGGCUAAGACUAGUGGCUGCCGAAGUGGUGCAGUGAACAAGGGUUUGGUUCUGGGAAUUGACAAAAAAUGGGAACAAGGAGGAACAUGGAUGUGAGGUUAGGCGCAAUCUGGGCUUUGUUGGGCACACUCUUUGCAAUUAUGGCUUGUGCCCGAGCCAACCAACUCACGGACGCUGACGAAAUGCGCCUUGCUCCAGACAUCUACAACGAAGGUCCUCUGACGGUGGACCUGUUCUCUGUUUCCUCGGAUGCGCUCUCGGGUUACAAACAUCGGCGGAGCUCGAAAGAAGCCUACGCCGCUUUGAAGCUUGCCGAGGAUCCUCCGCGGCCUCUGUUGAUCGCUGCUCCUAAGACUGCCGGAAGCUAUCCCGUAAUUCUGUUCCAGCAUGGCUACACUAUGAAAAAUACGUUCUACAGUCAGAUGCUCAAGCAUAUUGCCUCUCAUGGCUUCAUUGUCGUGGCCCCGCAGAUGUACAUUUUUGCCGGGGCAGAUGCAACGGGUGAGAUAAUCUCUGCAGGGUCCGUGCUAGAUUGGUUUUCUGUCGGUCUGCAAGAUGCUAUCUCACAGCGUGUACCAUCUGUCAAGGCGGACUUGAAAAGGGCUGCAGUGGUUGGUCACAGUCGAGGAGGAAAAGUGGUGUUCGGUAUUGCGACGGGCGUCUGUAACACGAGCUUAAAGAUUUCUGCCUUGGUGGGUAUUGACCCCGUGGACGGCACCGGAGUAGGACACCAAACGAAACCGCCAAUUCUCCAGUACUCGCCUCACUCCUUGGAUCUGAAGAUUCCCACUCUCAUCAUUGGAGCAGGCCUGGGAUCUGUGGGGAGAUUUCUAUUUCCUGCUUGUGCUCCUAAAGGUGUCAAUCACGAAGCCUUUUUCUCCGACAGUGCUUCCCCUGCUUUCCAUUUCGUUGCUCCGGACUAUGGACACAUGGACUACCUGGAUGAUGUGUGCCCAGGAGCCCAGGGCUGGAUCGCCGCUUGUUUAUGCAAAAAUGGUCAAGCACGAGAGCCUAUGCGCAGAUUUUCUGCUGGCAUAGUGGUUGCAUUCUUGCAAGCAGCACUGCUUCAAGAUUCGUCUCAGCUUGCGACCGCAAUAUUGGAACCCUCGCUGGCACCAGUGAAGUUGGAAACUCCGGGAGUGUUCGGCACUCUAGCAGAUGUCACCAGCUAUUCCAGAGACUCCGUAACUAUGUAGAUCCAAGUCCAGUAUACUGUGAGGUUGACAACCUCAUAGUAUACAGUCUAAUUACAACCUCAGGUUGUAGUUAGACUUGUACAUAUGAAGGGAUUCUUGAGAACAUACAGGUAGUAUUAAGUGUAAAAGCGGUUUUUCCAGUUUAUGUGUUUAUGGUUGCUGUGCACUCCGAU